UACUCAACGAGAGGCCAUGGCCUCAUUACCCUCACUUUCCUGAUCGGGAGCCCACUUGGGCAUACCUUUGGGACAAUGUCUCGGAGAUGUCGGGCGAUCCAAAGAUCAUGUACAUGCAGUACACUGCGGAGUUGGACACUCUUACCGCUGAGCAGGUGGAAUGGGAGCCAUAUGGUAGCUACUACCGUAUUGGCGCGUCGAUGACUGACCUCAACCACAAGUGCACGGAGGAGGCGCGGUUCUGGCGUAUGCGCUGCCCACUCAUAUGCAUGUGGCUUGUUGAACACCACCAGCCGCAAAGAGUGAUGAGACAGUUUGGGCUAUAUUAGGAGUGCCCACCAGUGUGGCAAGACACGGACAAGGCGCUUCAUAGGUAAACUUCUGGAAUCAUGCGAUGGAAGAUUCUUGAUAGAAGAGGUACAAACUAACUUGUUGAUUCUUGCAGGCUUGAUAGGCAGCGGCAGAGGAAGAUCACAAA